GAAGCAAAGGACGAGGGGAGGAAAGGAAGAGUGGUCCUCCUCAGGGGGCAGUCAGAGUUGUUAAACAGUGUGGUUGGUUUGGUAGGACUCCACACAGCAACACAAUACCCUCUCCACCCCAACGCUUCUCUCUCCGUGUCUCUGUGGAAAAAGCGGUUCCUUUCUCUCUGGGGAGGCCUUGUACGAACAUUUCGAGCUAUCCUCUUCUGAAUCCGAUUCGGCAACCGUACCAAUGUGCUCCGAAGGGUCGCGCGUUGUCGUUCCAAGGAAUUUUAGAUUACUUGAAGAACUUGAAAGAGGAGAAAAAGGUAUUGGAGAUGGAACUGUCAGCUAUGGAAUGGAUGACGCUGAUGAUAUCUAUAUGCAGUCAUGGACGGGGACUAUCAUCGGUCCUCCUAAUACUGUUCAUGAAGGGCGCAUAUAUCAGCUGAAGUUGUUUUGCGGCAAGGACUAUCCCGAUAAUCCGCCAACUGUGAGAUUCCAGACUCGUAUAAACAUGACUUGCGUCAAUCAAGACACUGGAAUGGUUGAGCCAGGUCUCUUCCCAAUGCUCGGUAAUUGGCAAAGGGAGUACACGAUGGAACACAUAUUAUUACAGUUGAAGAAGGAAAUGCUGUCCCCGCAGAAUCGGAAACUGGCUCAACCUCCUGAAGGGAAUGAAGAGGCACGAGGGGAUCAGAAGGGGCUAAUGCCCAGGUGUUGUAUCAUGUGAGCUUAAUUAUCAUUAUAAAUGUAUAUCAGUAGUGUAUAUAAACGCAAUAUGCAAAUUGAUCUCGUAAACACCCACUCUGCUUAGAUAUAAGCUGGUUGGUUAUUGCUGUAACUGAGGAUGAUGAAUUAAAAAUGGAUUCAAUCCUCUAACUCAGGAUUGUUCAGUGUUUGAGUAAAACUUGGGCAGUUGAAUAAAUUGAGACUUACAUUUUGAUCUUCA